AUACUUCGCGUGCAUGAACAAUUGAGUGUAGUGUUGCAGAAAAACAGAAACUUUCUGUUAUAUUCAAACACCCUUUUGAAAAGGAAAACAAAUGUCUCCCCUAACGCGCAGUGAUUUGCUGAGGAUUUUUGAGAAAGUGGACAUGAAUGGAGAUGGGUUUUUGAGCCUUGAGGAGCUGAAAAUGCUGCUAGAGAAGACGGGUUUCAACUACAGUAUGGAAGAGUUGGAGUCUCUGGUGGGAAAGAAGAAGCUUGACUUGAGUGAGUUCUUGUUGUUUUAUGAAUCUAUACUGAAGCAGAAAAAUGGGGAAGAGGAAGGGAAUGAUGAUGAUAAGGUUGAGGAGGUGGAGAGGGACCUGGUGAAGACUUUCAAGGUGUUUGAUUUGGAUGGAGAUGGGUUCAUCACAAGCCAAGAACUUGAGUGUGUGUUGAAGAGGCUUGGCAUGUGGGAUGAAAGGUGUGGCAAGGAUAGCACAUCCAUGAUUUGCUCCUAUGACACUAAUUUUGAUGGCAAACUUGAUUUUCAGGAAUUCAAGGACAUGAUGCUUCUCACAACUUGAUAUAAUCUACUUUUGUACUCAGUUUUACUCUCAUAUACUUCAGUUUUGUACUGAUCAAGGAUCAUUGUGAGAUGCAUGAUCUUGAUCAUUUUCUGGCUUUAAAUUUUCUGGCUUCUUGUAAAUUCUGUGUUAGUCACUAAACCAAUCUCUUGGUACUAUAUAUGGCAUACAAUAGUCUAUAUAAUUGAGUUCGUAGAUUCAA